UCGGAGGGAGAGGUCAGAGCUGAAGGCGGCCAUGAGGCGCCUCGACCAGGGCCCCCGCUGAGUCCGCAGCUGAGAUGAGGGGCCCAGAGGUGAUGGGGGGAGGGGCACUACAGGGGUCCCGCUCCCCCACAGGCGGUGUAGCCCGGUGCACACGGACCUGCGGAGCUAGGCUGGCUGCUGACAGCACAGGUGUGUGAACGGGGUUCCGCUGAGAAAUGGACCUGCUCCGCCUCCGUACUCGGGCAGCCGACUAGGAAGCCGCUGCUAACGUUACUGAGGCAACGACGCCUUAUGAGUCCCCGCCUCUUUGCGGGAGGCCCGGGCUCUUGCUUUGUGAUUGGCUGAUCCCCGGUCUUCUGUUUCCAUGGUGAUCGCGUGCGGCUCCUAGGAGAAGAGCAGCUGCCGGGCGCGGGCCGCGCCGCUCGAGAGCACCAUGAACAGGAAGAAGCUGCAGAAUCUCGCGGAGUCGCUGUGCAGGACCGCGAAGCACUUCAAUAAAAUUGAAGUGGAAUGUCUUAUAAAGCUCUUCCACACCCUGGUGGUUGAACCCAGUGAUCGGCAUGCCAUCAUUGGCUUAGAUCGUAACAUGUUCAGAAACAUUCUGCAUGUCACAUUUGGGAUGACUGAUGACAUGAUUAUGGACCGAGUGUUCCGUGCUUUUGACACAGACAAUGACAGCUGUGUCAGUGUAACGGAAUGGGUAGAAGGUUUAUCAAUAUUUCUUCGAGGGACAUUAGAAGAAAAGAUGAAAUAUUGUUUUGAGGUCUAUGAUCUGAAUGGUGAUGGAUACAUUUCAAGAGAGGAAAUGUUUCAUAUGCUGAAGAAUAGCCUGCUAAAACAACCAUCAGAAGAAGAUCCUGAUGAGGGAAUUAAGGACUUGGUAGAAAUAACACUGAAGAAAAUGGACUAUGAUCAUGAUGGCAAGCUCUCUUACACAGAUUUUGAAAAAGCUGUAAGAGAUGAAAAUCUUCUCUUGGAAGCAUUUGGACCAUGUUUGCCAGACAUCAAGAGCAGCAUGGCUUUUGAAAUGCAGGCAUUCCGAGAAACUGGUGAUAUGUAGCUCUGCAACUGCAAAACUGCUGUAAAGGACAGUUUC